GAACUUCUCCUCGUAUCAAAUUGCUUCAUUUCAUUGUUCUCUCCCCUUCAAUGCUUGCUUACUGAAUACUGAUAGCUAUCUUAGAAAGAAAAUUUUAAGAAAUUAGGGUUCUGUUUGAUAAUACUAAUAAUCUUAUACCUUUCUUAGUGCCUUCGUGCUCGAUCAUGUCAUCCCCUGAUGAUAAACCACCACAGGAGGAGGACACGAUUUCAAAGGAAAACCCAAGAAUGGGACGCUGGGGCACAACAACCUUGCUCGGGGUAUUUGCUGGCUUGCUAUACGGAGGGAGCAAGGAGGCUUCUGCAUCUGUUAGCAAGGAUGCAGAGGUGAUGUUAAAGCUUGGAAGCACACCAGACAAGCGUGAGCAGUACAGAUUAAUGAGAGAUGCAAUGGAGAAGAGGUUUGUCCGGGUGGCACGUGGUUCGAUAGUGGGUGGUGUCCGGCUAGGGUUGUUUACUUCUGCUUUUAUUGGCUUACAGAACCUUCUCGCUGAUAAGCGGGGUGUGGAUGAUGUAUUCAACAUUGCUGGAGCUGGAUCCGCCACCGCUGCACUAUUUGGGCUUAUAUUGCCAGGUUCUGCCAUGUGGAGAGCUAGGAAUGUCUUGCUUGGUUCUGUCCUGGGAGCUGGAAUUUGUUUUCCUCUAGGUUGGGUACAGUUAAAACUUCAACAGAAGGCAAAUGAAGAGAUUGCAAGUGCUAAAUUAUCAUCCGACUCGAAUGAAGCAGGGGAGAUGAGUGGAGUUGGCGCUGCAAUAAAGAGGCUGGAAACAAAUCUUCAGAAAGAAAAAUCGUAGUUUAGAAUACUGGAUUUCAACAUGUGGAAGCAAUAGGGAAGAUCUUUGAUGAAUGCUCCUCAUUGUAAGUCUGGUUCCUUGCCAACAAGCAACUUGCAGAAAUAGCAAGAUUCUCCAGUUAGAUGUACUAUUGUGCACCUACAAAUACCUUUCAAUCAAUUCACCUAAACAUGGUCAUACUUGUUCGUCCUUGUAAGGUCGUUUUGUGGUUGAUAAAAUCAGUGACUGCUUCAACAAUUUAAGCCUUGAUGGAGCCUAGAGGGCAGAGGCCAAUUGUAUGCCAGUUAACUGUUAUUUAUUUGUCAGGAGACUGAUCCAUGUAAUAUUGCACCCGUUCUUUUCGAGUUAAAUAAGAAGGGUCUUUUGAAAAUUUUUUAAAA